AUGACACUACCUACCAGUAUCCCAAGGGGGAAUGUCUACUUCAUCUCGCACGGAGCCCCCUCGUCUAUGUUCGAGAAAGACAGCAAGCCAUAUGAAGCCUGGCAGAAGGUUGGGAAAGAGAUCCAAGCAUCUAACCCCCGUGGUCUGGUGGUGGUAUCUGCGCACUGGGAGAACGAAGCUGGAUCAGAGGGAGUAAGAGUGAAUACCGAUACGACGAACCCACUUAUCUAUGACUUUUACAACUUUCCUCCUCAUUUUUACGAACAGAAGUUCACUUCUCACGGAGACGCCAAGUUGGUGGAAGUCAUAAAACAAGCUCUCAAAUCGGCGGCUCUUCCCUAUGACUUGAUCAACAGGGGGAUAGAUCAUGGAGUAUGGGUUCCUUUCAAAGUCGCUUUUGCGGGUGAGACACAGAUACCUUUAGUACAGGUAUCAUUACCCGGCGAUGGACAAGCGAUCUCCGCUGCUAAGCUCGGGAAGGCUCUUGCGCCGUUGAGGGAACAGGGCUAUGCUAUCAUUGCUUCAGGCCAAGCGGUUCAUAAUCUCCGUGACUUCUUCUCGGGUCGAGGGACAGCGUACACUCGCCCAUUCUUAGACGCUAUCACUCACGCUCUCACCUCCCCCAAACCCCUCGAGACCACAUUGACCCUCUUCCGUCACCCGCUCUAUAAAUCGGCUCAUCCUACUCCGGAACAUCUCCUCCCUCUAGCCGUAGCCGUAGCUGCGGCGGGGCAUGAUCAAGUCGAGGAGAUGUUUGUGAGUGACGAUGGACUUGGGUGGGGGAUGUGGAGAUGGCAUUAG